GCGCACGCUCAGUGGAGCGCCCCGGCCAGCCUCUUGGGAAAGGUAGUCCUCCGGGCCGGUGGGAUCCUCCCCGCAAUUUUCCACCGCGCAUGUGCCGUCGAGGGCUCAGGUUUCCUCCCUCCGUUGCGGUGAUUUGACCGCAAGCUUUUGGCAGCGGAAGGGGAAAGGGCGGGCAAAAGAGGUCCUGAGUGUGGAGCAAUCUUCGGGCCGAAAGGUCGGCGUGAGCCGCGAUGUCAUCUCCGGGGUCGGUGGCUCAGGAGAUGGCCUUUGACCCCGCGACGCCCCCAGUCAUUGAGGGCUUCACCCCCAGCCCGCAGCGUUUGCGAGAUGAGAGCGUCAAGGACAAAUUUCAACGCAAGAUCCGUGAGAACCCGGUGGUGCCCAUAGGUUGUCUGGCCACAGCUGGAGCUUUGUCUUAUGGACUCUACUGCUUUCACCGGGGCAACAGCCAGAGAUCCCAGAUGAUGAUGCGGACCAGGAUCUUGGCUCAGGGCUUCACAGUGAUGGCCAUUCUCGGGGGCUUGGUGGUCUCAGCCAUGAAAUCACCCAGGCAUCACUGAGACCAAUGGCCCAUUACUUGAGAGAGUCAGUGACCAUUUGCAGGAGACCCAAGCAGCUUUCCAGAGAGGCAUUGGAGGAAUUUCUUGGCCCCAUGUUGAAGCCAUAUCUAAUAGUACUGAGUGAGUCCUGUGUUUCACUCAGGCAGAACUGUUGAUAAUGUAAUGGAUUUUUUCAUUAAAGAAUGAAAUGAGUUUGGGUUUGGGAACAGAA